AUGAAAACUUGUUUUAUAUUACUGUUGUUAAUAUCGUUUGUAACCAGUUUCGAUAAUAGAUUUCAACGACGAUCAUCGAUAUUUCGACAACUUCAAGAUUUACUUGAUGAUGAUGAACAAGAACUUGAUUUGACAAAUCGAAAUAAUCAAUAUGAAUAUGAUGAAAAAAGUGAUGAAAUUGAUUCAAAUCGUCGAAUUUUUGAUGAUGAAGAACAAUAUAUGGAAUUACGUGCAACGAUAAAAUCAAAUGAAACAAAUUCUGGAUUUGAGAUAACUCUUCAAAAUCGUGCUGCAAUGAAUACUCGUCUUCGUGUUCUUUAUACUGAUGCAAAUGGUAUUCCUGGAUUAGCUGAAACUGGUCGAUUAUGGGGUGGUCAAACAAAAUCAGUAAUACUACCAGAUGAUGCUAAAAAUAUCAAUAUUAUUAUUGAAAAAGAUAUAUUUUUUGAAAAUUGGCGUGUAGCAUAUAAAGGUACAUUAACCAAUGGUAAUCAAUGUAUACGUAUUGUUGGUGUAACACUUUUUUCAAAAAUUCAUCCGUGCAAAUAA